UGAAAUAUAAAAACACCCACAAAAAGAGGAACAAUUAAAAUAGGAUGUUUUUAUUUGGAGCUAUGUUUAAAACAUAUUCUGGGAGAAAGUUUAAAUGACUUUAUUAAAGCUUUUACAUUUAUUUUCUUGUUUUGGACAAUAGGACUCAAUUGCUUAUGAACAAAUUGCAUUUAACUUAAUUGAUCUCUUAGUGAUUAUAAAAAGCAAUUAACAUGAUUUAAUUGUUAAAAUACCAUUUUAAAUUUUAGCUGAAUUAUUCUUCAACAUGUAUAUUAUUAUUAUUACCUUUGGAUUUGAAAUUGCAUGUUCUUGAGAAGCACUAUGAGAAAUUUAUAGGAAGUUCCUUUGAAGAAGUCUCAAACGCAUACAUAGACGUCACUUUUCGGAAGAACAGGCGGUGCAUGUAAAGUGUUUGCGGCAACUUGCUGCCAUAAACACUUUGUGCAACAUGGCGGAUUGUUACACUGUGCUCAAGUGUGUGUCAACUUUAAGCUUCUUGUGGAUGAAGGUGUUGGGAACACACCAGGCUGAAGAAGUGGAACUGUUCCAUUCCGAGAGACACAGCCGUCUCAGCUGGACGUCUGAGCCCCACAGAGCAUGGAUUGAGAUCCUGCUCAGAAAUGGUGCAAUGCGUCCAGUUCCGGUUCUCCAAGCAUGCGGGAAGCAAAGAACAAGAACUCUUCUAAGUCAAUGGAUAGAGCGUAAAGAUAUGCAUAAUCUCCUAAUGGACAUCACCUUUGCGCAGCAAAAGGAGACAUCUGGUGAGAAUGCCAGUCUGCAAGUUCACUUGUUUGACUCAGAUGUACCCGCCACAAGAUUCCCAGACAGUCUGACCAUAGUGAAACUUCAGGACUCCAGGCCGUUUCACUCCAAUGCCUCACUCAGCCAAAUCAAUCAGCACCUGAUGCACAGCUUGGGGCUGAGCCUUGGUGUUGUAAGCCGUGUUGGUUUCCAGCUGGGGUUUUCCUACUCAGCAACAUGUGUGCUGGUCACCUCAAUCAGGCUUUACUACAAGAAGUGCCCUGCGGUCCACAUAGACCUUGUCUGGUUUGACAGCGCUGUGGCUGCACCAAAACCUGCUGUAGGUAUUUGUGUGGAAAACGCUGAGACGCUUUCUCUGCCCGAAAAGAAGUGUGACGCAUUUGGAGUGUGGGGUCCUUUGCAAGGCGGAUGUACAUGCAAAGCUGGACAUCAGGCCAUUAAUGGAACCUGUCAAGCAUGCAGGAGAGGCUACUAUAAAGCAGCAAGGGAGCAUGGAGAGUGCCGAGCGUGCCCACCAAACAGCAGGACGCUCAAGGAGGGAUCGGAUAGGUGUGACUGUUUGCAGGGCUUCCACCGUCUUCUACAUGACCCAGAUGACCUUGGCUGCACCAAGCCCCCUUCUGCGCCUGGCAAUCUAAUGGCACAUCGUCUUAACAACUCUGUCCUAAAUCUAACGUGGGAUCCUCCUCAUGAUUGGGGCGGUCGACAGGAAGUGAUGUAUCGAGUUAAAUGCGAGGAGAAAGCAGAAAGUGAAGAUGGCCAGUGGGCGGAAUGUGGGCGUGGAGUGUUUUUUUCCGCUGACUCAGCUGGGCUGACCAGCACUUCCGUGAGAGUCAUGGGACUCGACCCACACAAUGACUUCAGGCUGACUGUGCUCGGAUGGAAUGACGUCUCCAACCUAAUGGGGGCGCCACCUUCAUCUUCUGCCUCUGUAAUUAUUCAUAAAUGGAAAGUUCCUCCAGUGGAGAUGACGACGGCGCCGAUCCUAAAAGCCCCUGGAAAUGAUGUGACUGCUGCUCCACAAAGUCACUUCAACACAUGGCUGGCUUUUGUUGUUUUUUUUGGCAGCCUGCUCUGCUCUUCGAUUGUUGCUGUUGUCCUUGUUAAGUGUAGGAAUGACCAGAAAGUCAGGUCAGAGGUCCAGGAAAUGCAACUUUCGCCUAUCAACACUGGAACUUCCUACAGACUCCCACAAGAACGACAGGCAACGCCCCCACAGGCUCAUGGAGGUGUUGAUUCCCUUAAUCAAAAGAGCCAAGAUAGAGGGACCUCCAAGGAAGAGAGCGUGGCCCGGCUGUUGGAAGGUCUGAGUGACAGCCUGAUAGCCAACCUGAGGGAUGUUCUUGUGGAGAGAAACAAACUCACAUUGGGAAAAUGGCUGGGGAAAGGAGAGUAUGGCUCCGUCUUCGAGGGGCUCUUCUUUGCAGAGGACAACAUGCACGUCAGGGUUGCGGUGAAGACAAUGAGAGUGGGCAUGUACAGCCAGGAAGACUUGGGUGAGUUCCUCAGAGAGGCAGAGAGCAUGAAGAACUUCGAUCACAAAAACGUGGUGCAGCUUCUUGGAGUAACUUUGCAGAGAGAGCAGGACUCCCCAGUGGCCAUCCCCAUGGUCAUUCUGCCCUACAUGAAACAUGGCGACUUGCGGCGUUUCCUCAUCGCGAUGCGCUAUGGUGAUAUUCCAAUGUUUUUGCCACCUCAAAGCCUGCUGCGCUUCAUGGUUGACAUCUCAGCUGGGAUGGACUACCUGAACUCGCAGGGUUUUCUGCACCGAGACUUGGCAGCACGCAACUGCAUGCUGGGUGACGAUCUUGUUGUGCGCGUGGCAGAUUUUGGCCUGUCUCGGAAAAUCCACAGUAGCAAUUAUUACCGUCAACAAAAAUCCGUCCGUGUGCCAGUCAAGUGGUUGGCCAUCGAGAGCCUGUCUGACAUGGUUUACACCGCUAAGACUGACGUGUGGUCAUUUGGGGUGACAAUGUGGGAGAUUGCAUCUCUGGGCAGAACCCCCUACCCUGGAGUCCAAAACCAUGAGCUUCUGAACCUGCUUCUGUCUGGAUAUAGGCUCAGACGGCCUGAUGACUGUGACCACAAACUCUAUGAAAUCAUGCAGAGCUGCUGGGAUGAGGAACAGACACGCAGGCCUGGCUUCAAGGAACUGGGGGAAAAACUGGAGGCUCUUUUAAGGGAGCUCCCCAUCCUGGAUGCCUGCCAGGGGGCUUUCUACAUCAACCAGGGCUUGGAGGCUGCAUCUGCUGUCUCAGAGAACCAGCAAACUUGCUGUCAGGCCCGAGGGGAGAACUUGUACCUGUCCAGUCCUGUGGAUGAAGUCUAGUGGGACCUAUAAGCAGACUAUCCGAAGUGUAUUUCCAGCUCAUUAAGUAUUCACAGCACUUAUAUUUUUCCACAUUUUUUUGUGUUACAGCCUUAUUUUAGAAUGGAAUACACUCAGUUUCCUAAACAAAAUCUACAUACAAACCCCAUAAUGUCAACAUGAGUGAAAAAAACUUAGCAUUUUAAAAACAUUGUACAGAAAACUUCAGAUAUCAUUUGUACAAAAGUCCUCACAAUCUUUGCUGUGAAGCUAGAGAUGAAGCUCAGGUGCAUCCAGUUUCCCCUGAUCUUCCUUCGGGUAUGUCUACAGCUUCAUUGGGCUCCACUUGUUGUUGUAAAUUCUGUUGAUUGGACAUGGAAGAAGUUCAGAACCACCGGGCUUCUUCCUUGAGGACAACAGAUCUGUAACAAAUACACUGACACUUCCCAUCCAACCUGAUGGACCUUUAGAGGCACUGCAAAGAGUAGGUGGGUAGGUCUUUAUUGUCAUUGCAACAAGUACAACGAAACUUUGUUUUCAGCACAAACCUGUUCAAAAUUAGACAAACAAAGAGUGUACAGGGUUACAGAACAAGAACGCUGAUGGGUCGCCAUAAGGCGCCCCGUAAAAGAUGGGAAAAAGGUAAACGCAGGGGAAGGAUGAGUAAAAAAAUAGAAUCCAGACUGGGCUCCUAAGGGGGCCCAGUUCGGAGUGAGAAAAAACCUCCAUAGCAAAGUACAUAUACAUAAUACAACAUACAUCUCGAGAUAUCUAGCAACAGAGGGAAGGUAGUUCAAGGUCAUGGUGGUAGACCGCAGUUCUCAGGCGCUGACCAUCCAUUCAUCACCCCUAUGGGAUUUGCGUCGAGGGUGUUGGAUUGGGGGAUGGGGGGGUGUAUGUGUGGCGUAUUUUUUUUGUGGAUGUGGAUGUGUGUGUGUGUGUGUGUGUGUGUGUGUGUGUGUGUGUGUGUGUGUGUGUGUGUGUAUAAGCCCAUAGUGUGUCUCUGUUCCGCGGCCUUGAUGUAUUUGCCGUCGCUAGUCCAAAGUUCACAACAACAGGUGUAUGUCCAUGAGAGACAAAAAAAGGGAGUUUGUUGUGUCUUCGCUUGCAGUGAUCUUCGGGAGAGUCUCGAAGCCAGGAGACAAUCCAAGUUAAAAAGAUUUGUAUGCGAGUGAAAAUAAAAUUUGCUUUUCACUCUAAAAUUGUCUAUGAAUAAUGGGUGAAACUGCUCAAAAAUAUAAGUGCUAGGCUUGUAGCAUUGUAUUCAAUGGCUUUAUGUCGCGUCACACCUGGGUGCUGUUGCCUCAGACUCAAACAUUUGGUGUACAGCAACAUUUGUAGCAGGAAGCCCGGUGAAAACGCCACAUACUGUACAUGUGGUGUUAUAGCGUUCCAAAGAGAGUCCAUCCUAAAUGGUUUGCUGUUGUUGCUCAAACAACAAAACAAAAAGGUUGCUGCUGUGUUGAGCCUUUCGCUUUUAUCAAGUGGAGCCAAGUUGAAUGCGUGAUCCAGUUUGUAGUGACCACUUUGUCAAUGUCUGUAUAAACUUCAAAUAAACUUCAGAAGCAUGUUUA